AUGUCUUAUUCAUGUAGUGAGAAAUUGUGGAAACCAAUAAUUCGACCUCCAAGACAUUAUUAUUAAUUAAAGGAUUUGGGUAAUUAAAUAUAAAUGGUAAUGGAUACAGUAACAAAACGAACCGAUUUUGAGAUAGUGAAUAAAAGAAAACUUACAUUAUAAUGUAGGUACAGAGAAAAAUAAAUAUAACAAGUCUUUUUGAACCAGUGAGAGUUCAAGAUCGGUAACAUUCUUGUAUGAUUUAUUUGCAUGGAAACUCAAGUAGCAGGGUAGAAGCAUUAACAAUUUUAGAAUAUUUAAUACCUUAUAAUAUAGCAGUAUGUGGAAUAGAUUUAUCAGGUAAGACAUUUAUCUAUCAUGAAUUUAGGUUCUGGACAUUCUGAAGGAGUAUACAUUUCUCUUGGUUAUUAUGAAUCCCAAGAUGUACAGAGUCUUAUUGAUUAUUUAAGAGAUCAUAAAGUAAGAUGUAACUUUAAUAAUAGAGCCUUACAUAACUUAAAUAGGGUUAUGGGGUAGAUCAAUGGGAUCAGUCACUGCUAUUUUAAGUGCUAGUCAUAAUGAAGAUAUUAAAGUUUUAGUUUGUGAUAGUCCUUUUUCUAAUUUGACUCUUUUGUGUAAAGAAAUUGCAACUUCUGGUUAUGGAGUACCUGGAUGUUGUUUCAAUUGUUUUUUCUGUUUUGUUAAAUCUAAAAUCAGGAAGGAAGCUAAAUUUAAUAUUGAUGAUCUCAAUAUUAUUUAAAUUAUAGGAAGUAAUUUCCUUAAUUUACAGAUUUUAGAUCUUUCAUCUUAAGUAUCAAUUGCAUUUUUGAGUGCUAAUUAAGAUCAAUUAAUUCAUUCAAAACAUACCAAAUAAUUGCAUUGCUUUUUUAAAGGAACCAAAUUACUUAAAUCAUUUGAUGGCCAUCAUAAUUCUAAAAGACCUAAUGAUGUAAUGAAAGAAGUGGCUGAUUUCGCCAUCUCUUAAUUAGGCAAAUAAUAAAGUGAUUAACCUUAAAGUUCAAGAGAUACUAAAUUGUUAUUACUACGCAAUUAGAGAGAAAAGAUAUCUUUCUAAUAUGAUGAAGUUCAUCCAAUUAUGACAGGAGGAUAAAUUUCUAACAAUGAAUAAAAUAUUACAAAAUGA